AUGGGAGGGAGAGGGAGGGAGCUGACUCCAGCUGCAGUCUUUUCAGAUGAUCAUCCAACUGAAGAGAGAGAGAUCCAGGCACUAAAGGACAAACUCGCCAUGGUGUCCGGAGAGCAGAGAACUGACCAGCUCUCAGAGGAGGAGCUCCAAAAACUGGAGGAGAGAAUGGAGGUAUUCAUGGAGGACUCUGACCCUGACGCUGCUCUGAAUGUGGGUGCCGUCAUGCACAAGAUUCAGCACUGUUUCCGGAAGAUCUUGGUCACUGAGACGAGGUCCAGUCCAUCCAGCCUGGGGAGGGAAGACAAGCUGUCAUCUCUCCAUUUCCCAGACAGCACCCUAGACACGGAGAGUGGCAGCACUCCCCAGAUGAAAGAACCGAAAGGACUGCUGCAGCAGAGAGACGAGAUCACUAUUCUGGUAAACAUGCUGAAAAAAGAGAAGACAAGGGCCCAGGAUGCUGUGAUCCAGCACAGAGCAGCACAAACGGACACUCGCUGUCCCAGGGUUCCCUGGGCUCCCUGCCGAGGUGUCAGGGAGGUGGUUCAGUGGGCUUCGGACAGUGCUUUGCACCACAGAAUAGGUAGGGGGCUUACUUUUACUGCUGUGCACAGCUUGGGGGGGAUUUGUAUUGAUUUCAUUGCUUUACCACUUUACAAAAUCCUUUAG